UUAACUAAAGUCUGUAUAAUCUAUUUUACGUAAUGCAAUACCGCACGAAAAUCAUAAACACAAGUACAUCACUGAAAAAGUUCAAAUUUACCCAAUGAGCUGACAAAAAGGAACACUAUUAAAAAGUGACAUUUGUGUUCAGUUCAAUUUUGUUGUGAAUUAAAUGUGAUUUUUUUAAAAUGUCUCUUCGAAAAGCACUAUUUCUGACUAAAGCUAUUUGUUGUAAAACUACAAAACUUCAGACUACAAAUUUUGCUAGGCCAAAGUACUGGUUAUUUACGGCGAAUUCAGCAAGAUUUUAUUCAGCCGAAAAUAUAGGUGACAAAAAUAAAGAUGGCAAGGCAGCAGAGAAGGUAGACAUAUUAGGGCGCUUCUUUCCACAAAGCCCUAUCAAAGACAUUGAUGCACAGGAAAUUAAGAAGGAGCAGGAACAGUUCGAGAAAGAGAACAAAGAGAAGACGGAGGAAAAUGAGAAAAGUUGGAGAAGGAUGAAGAUUGGGUUCGCAGUGUUCGGCGUAUCCCUAACGGUGAUGGGCGGUUGCCUGGUGGUGGAAAUGGGAGCGCCGAGGCGCGGCGACGACGGACAGCCGCUGCAGGACGAGUUCUCCAACCUGCCGACUGUUCUGCAGUACCUUAAGCGCACGUGGAAGGAGCUCACAUUCUACGAGAAGAUGAUAAAGGAGCCGUCCCGCGAGAAGCUGCUGCCGGACGUGCUGCCGGCGCCCUACCAGCCAGCCUACACGCUGGUGCUGGAGUUCACCGACGUGCUGGUGCACCCCGACUGGUCCUACCAGACUGGAUGGCGCUUCAAAAAGCGUCCCGGCGUGGACCAGUUCCUGCAAACAGUAGCUGCCUCCAACUAUGAGGUGGUAAUAUUCACUUCCGAGAACGCGUUCAUGAUCUGGCCCGUCAUCGACAAGCUGGACCCCGAGAACAAGCUCAUCUCCUACCGCCUGUUCCGUGAUUCCACGCACUUUAUUGAUGGAGUGCAUGUCAAGAACUUGGAGGGACUCAACCGGGAUCUGUCUAAGGUUAUUGUAGUCGAUUGGAAUAAAGGAGCGACCAAGUUCCACCCGGAGAACUCUUUAAUACUGAAGAAGUGGAAAGGCGCCGACGAUGACACGUCGCUACUAGAUCUCGCCAACUUAUUACAAACGAUCGCGAUGUCAGAAGUGGCAGACGUGCGCGAAGUGUUGCUCUACUACAGCCAGUUCGACGACCCCAUCGCGGCCUUCCGCGACAACCAGCGCAAGCUGCUCGAGCAGCUGGAAGAACGCGAGCGCGGCAACAAGGCUGAGCCGCCGCUCACCUCCAGCUGGCUGAGGACUUUCACCAGGCGCUAGCGGAAGCCAGGACCCUCAGCAAUACUUAAGACUCUUUUAAUUGUCAGCUAGAUCAGGCGCUAGCAUGACCAGGCCAGGACCCUCAGCAAUACUUAAGACUCAUCUUCACAGCAAUAGGACGUAGCAGGAGGACCAGCUGGGCUAAGAUUCACGAUAUGUGAUAAUCUUAUCGAUUUUAAACGAUAAACCCACACAUUUGUCGUCUAAAAUCUUGGAUAAGAUUAUAUCGUAGUGCGCAUCCUAGGCCGGCAGGUCAUCUUUGUCGUUAGCUACAUAAAAAGCAUCAGGACCUAUAUCAGCUGUUAGUCGGUUCCGAUCGGUUGACGUCACCUUGUCAGUCAUCACUAUUAUUCCAGCCGCUCACCUUUAGUUGACUUAGGACCUUUACCAGGCGCAAGAAGGACCAAGCCAGGACCCUCAGCAAUACUUAAGACUCGUCUAUUAAUCCAGUCGUUCACUGCCAGCAGAGCCAGAUCUUUUAUAAAUGCAGCCAGUUCAUUAGUCACAAAAGGUUGCCAUCGCCAAACGCCAAAACAAAACAUAAGGCACCUAUAUUAGUACCUAUUGGGUACAUAAUAUCACUUCUUCACCUCAUCUAUGUUAACAAUAUUGUGGUCAAGAACACUUCGGUUUGGACAUCAUAAAUCAAUACAAACAGACAUUUUAUUUUUGCGAUUUCAAUUCAUCAUAUUUUUUGUUCUUCCGGCCGCCGCACGCAUCCCAAGACAGUGAAAAACCGCCUGAAUCCCAUAUCGUGUUUCGUAAAAAAUACAAAAAUUAUAGAUGGGCGAUUGUUUGGCCAAAAAAACCUUUGUUUACAACUUUCAUGUUUCAUUACCCGACUUCGCCUGAAGGAAGGUUAUGUUUUUGACAAAUCAGUUCUAACAUAUUUAUUACUGCUCAAUCUAAUAUUUUGCAAUUAAUUUAUGCAUUUAAUCUCUUAGGUAAUGUGAUUAUUAUCACUUUAGUCUGGUUCACAAUCCUAGUUAUGAAGUUUCCUAGAAUCUAGCGAUGUAUGAUGAAGUACCUAUGAAGCCACAAACCUCUAAAGCUAUUUGUACUGUAUACAAAUAAAUUAUUUAACAAAUUGUGUUAUUUGUUAUGGCGUAUUUGAUGUAUGUAUAAGUUUGAGACAUUACCUACCGUGAACUGUUUUAUUGACUUACAUAUUUAACCAAACGGUUUUAUAAAUCUGUUUCUUUUUGUUUUACAUUAA